UAAAUUUCAUAUCUCUCUCUCCGCAACAUCUCCACGAUACCGCCCUUCAACCCCCUCCCUCUGCUCAGAACGGCUCGCCCGUCACUCACACGCGCAUCCAUCCUCCUCCGCAACACCCACCGAACCUCCACCUCCACUCUUACUUUCCUCCCCAGGUCUUUCACCACUUCCGUCCCCAGCAGAAUGCCCCCUCUCACUAAAGCUGAGGCCGCCAAGGUCGAAGAGUACGACUACUUUGUCAUCGGUGGUGGCUCUGGUGGUCUUGCUUCCGCCAGACGUGCAAGCUCUUAUGGCGCCAAAGUCGGUCUCGUUGAAGCCUCCCCUCGACUUGGAGGUACUUGUGUGAACGUCGGUUGUGUGCCCAAGAAGGUCAUGUGGUACACUGCCGAUGUCGCCGAUAAUCUUCGCAAGUCUGCUCAGUACGGUUUCGGUAAAGAAGGCGAGGGCGUCAAGCUCGCCGCCGACUUCAACUGGACAGAGCUGAAGCACAAGCGAGACGCUUACAUCCAUCGACUGAACGGCAUCUACGAGUCCAACCUCGUCAAGGACAAGGUCGACUACCACCACGGCUACGCCUCUUUCAUCGAUGCUAAGACCCUUCAAAUCGCUGGCCCCAACGGCGAGACCUACAACGUCAAGGCCAAGCACAUCGGUAUCGCUGUUGGUGGCGAGCCCACUGUUCCCUCAGACAAGGACGUCCCUGGUGCUUCUUAUGGCAUCACCUCGGACGGUUUCUUUGAGCUUGAGACUCAGCCCAAGAGAGUUGCCGUUGUCGGUGCGGGCUACAUCUCCGUCGAGCUUGCCGGUGUCUUCAACACUCUCGGCUCCGAGACACACCUCGUCAUCCGCCAUGACCAAGUCCUUAGGACUUUCGACCCAAUGCUCUCUGAGGUUCUAUUGCCCUACAUGGAGAAGACUGGUAUGAACGUUCACAAGAAGACCCAAGUCAAGAAGGUCGAGAAGACCUCUUCCGGCUCUCUCCUCGUCCACUUUGACACUGGAGCCGAGCCCCUCGAGGUCGACACUCUUGUUUGGGCUAUCGGCCGACACUCCUCCACCAGCAAGCUCGGUCUCGACAAGGCCGGCAUCACCACCGACAAAAGGGGCGACAUUCCCGUCGAUGACUACCAGAAUACCAACGUCCCUGGCGUCUAUGCUGUCGGUGACGUUGGCGGAAAGGCUCUUUUGACUCCUGUUGCCAUUGCUGCCGGUAGAAGGCUCUCAAACAGACUCUUUGGCCCCGAAAAGUACAAGAACGACAAGUUGAGCUACGACAACAUUCCCAGUGUCGUCUUUUCUCAUCCCACCAUUGGCUCUGUCGGUCUGUCUGAGCCCGAGGCCCGUGAAAAGUACGGCGACGAUCUCAAGAUCUACAAGACUUCUUUCCGGGCCAUGUCUUUCGCCAUGCUCGACGAGGACCACAAGCAGCCUACUGCUUACAAGCUGAUUGUCACUGGGCCCGAGGAGAAGGUCGUCGGUUUGCAUAUCAUUGGUGAAGGAAGUGACGAGAUCUUGCAGGGCUGUACGUUUGGUUCCGAUGAUGGGCCAAGUACGGGAAGCUGAUGGUUUCGAUGCAGUCGGCGUUGCUAUCAAGAUGGGAGCUACAAAGGACGACUUUGACUCUUGUGUUGCCAUCCACCCCACUUCCUCUGAGGAGCUUGUCACUCUCCGUUAAGGGGAGCUGUGGAGAGGAAUAGUAAUAGAGAACAUGGCGAUCUAGCUUAGAAGUUGAUGAAGGAAAAACGUCAAUCAGUGUCUAUGGUAUCUUGACGGGUUUUGCCAGAUGCAACCGUUUAUCAAUGGUAACAA